AAUUUGCGUUUCCUUGGAAACGCAAAGUUUCGUAAAACCUUUUUUUUCGACAUGCCGCGGAGAAACUAAAUUUUUCUUUACCCUAAAUUGACAAGUUUUUCAACCCGUUUUUGAACUCGUGUAUACAAAUUACUGUCACCGGAGACAAACAACAACUGUCGUCGGAUCGAAGGGAGAAGGAAUUUUUAUUUUAUUCUUCUCGUAGUUCGAAGGUUAUCGUCACGCCAGACUGUAAAACCACAGCCACGCGCACGCGAUGGGCGACACCAUCCGGGAGGGCAGCGGUAGCAGAGGCACCGCCACCGACGCCCUCAGCAAGCAGGGCGCCCGCUCCAUGAGCAUAGAGGCGCUGGAGAUCCUGCACGACCUGCGCAGGAACAACCAGCUGUGCGACGCCAUCAUACGCCUGGAGGACGGCGGCUCGUUCCCCGUGCACCGCGCCAUCCUGUCCGCCUGCAGCCCGUACUUCAGAGCCCUGUUCACCACCGCCAUCGACGUGCCGAGGGACGACGUCCUGAUACACGGCAUCAGCACGCAGGUGAUGGCGCUGAUACUGAACUACGCGUACGUGCGCAACAUCAGCAUCAACAAGGACAACGUGCGUGGCCUCCUGGUCGCCGCCGACUACCUCUGCGUCGAAGGAGCCCUCGAGCUCUGCUGCGACUUCCUCAAGAAGACGCUGUCCGCGAAGAACUGCGUCGACGUCAUACAUUUUGCGAGUUUCUACACGCGCUGGGACCUGGCGGCGGCGGCGCGCAACUACCUGAUGCGCGAGUUUGUGUCUGUGUGCCAGGAGAGCAAAGAACUGCUCGAGACCAGCCUGGACGAGCUGUGCGCCAUCAUCAGCUGCGACGAGCUGAACGCGAAGAAGGAGGAGAGCGUGUGGGAGUGCGUGGUGCGCUGGAUCGAGCACCGGCCCGGCGAGCGGCGCCGGUACAUCGCGCAGCUCCUGGGCUGCGUGCGCCUGGGCCUCAUGGAGACACAGUACUUCGUCAAGAAGGUGAAAGGCAGCGAGCUGGUGGCGGGCAACCAGGAGUGCCGGCCGCUGGUCAUCGACGCCCUCACCUACCUGUACGACGUGCAGACGCAGAGCGACGACUCGCCCGUGCCGGACAUCGCCCGGCCGCGGUACCCGCACGAGGUGCUGCUCGCCAUCGGCGGCUGGAGCGGCGGCUCCCCCACCACCUACAUGGAGAGCUACGACUGCCGCGCCGACUGGUGGAUCCCGGUUUACGAGGUGGAUCCUGCUGGCGCGAGGGCGUACCACGGCACGGCGGUCAUGGGCUUCGACAUAUACAUCAUCGGCGGCUUCAACGGCAUAGACUACUUCAACUCGUGCCGGUGCUUCAACAUGCUGAGCAGGACGUGGCGCGAAGUGGCGCCCAUGAACGCCCGCAGAUGCUACGUGAGCGUGGUGGUGCUCGGGAGCCACGUGUAUGCCAUCGGCGGCUACGACGGCCACGCGCGACAGAGCAGCGCCGAGCGGUACAACCCGGCCACCAACCAGUGGUCCCCCAUGGUGCCCAUGACCAUCGAGAGAUCUGAUGCCUGCGCCACCAUCCUGGACGGCCGUAUAUACAUAACUGGUGGCUUCACGGGGCAGGAUUGCCUUAACUCUGCCGAGUACUAUGACCCAGAGUUGAACCAAUGGAUACCCAUUCCGAACAUGAGCUCCAGAAGAAGCGGGGUAUCGUGCGUGGCAUAUCGCGGCUGUCUGUACGUGGUUGGAGGUUUCAACAGCAUCACGCGGCUGAGCAGCGCGGAGAUGUACAACCCCGCCACGAACACGUGGACCCGGAUCGCCGACAUGGUCCACCCCAGGAGCAACUUCGCCCUCAAGGUGGUCGACGACGCCAUCUACGCGGUCGGGGGCUUCAACGGCGUCACCACCAUCGCGAAGGUCGACUGCUACGACGAGCGCGUCAACGAGUGGUACGAAGUGUCCGAGAUGAACAUCUUCCGCUCCGCGCUGUCGGCGGCCGUCAUCUCUGACCUGCCGAACAUUCACGACUACAUCCGGGGGAAGAGCGAAGAUCGCAACAGGAAGUGGAGGAGGCAGGCGUACCAGCACACGCGGCGGAACCUGAACCAGUUCAACCGGUUCACGGUGGUGGCGCUCCGCGAGAGCCACGACAGCGCCAACCAGCUGGUGGUGCUGACGGGCAACAACAACGAGGGUGACAACAGUGAUGACGACGAUGACGAGAACAAUUUCUUUAAUUUGAUCAAUGAUGACGAUGGCACUGGAAUGGAGGUUCAUCAAGAAGACGAGAUGGAUUGAUAAAAUUUCUGAAAUUCAGUUGUAUUUAUAAAAAAAUAAAUGCACAAAUAUACAAAACA